AAGCCGACCCGAGCAAAACAACAACAAGAAUUCCAACCGUUCAACCCCGCUGGAGGACGGCUUGCGGCACCUCUGUGUCCCCGCUUGAGCUGUUCAACGCCCAAGUCAGACUCCAUUCACCGGGUCAGAAGUCCCGCAGCAAGUCGGACGUCUCUUGUUCAUACAGAAAUCCCCCCGGCAACCCUUGAGCAAUCGCCAUGGGAGGAGUAACGCAGCCUUCCUUCAUAUUUCCUCUCGUCACUGGCACUUUUACGGCUGUCACUUACGUGUUUUUCGUGGUGGUUUACACAGUGCAGCCAAAGCCCUUUAUAGACGAGGCUUUUCACAUCCCUCAGGCGCAGAAGUACUGUCAGGGAAACUUUGAAGAGUGGGAUCCCAAGAUCACAACAUUGCCAGGACUCUACCUGUUUUCGAUCGGCUUAAAUGGACCCGUGGCUAAGGUGCUUGGGAGGGACCUGUGCGAUGUGUUCUCUCUGCGCAUCACCAAUCUUGUGGCCACAGCAUUCCUACUCUCCACCAUUCAUAAGCUUCUUGUGUAUUUACAUGGAAACAAGGUUGAUAACUGGAAACUCAUACUCAGUGCUGUAAACCUGUCACUUCUGCCAGUGCUCUAUUGGUUCACUUUCCUGUAUUAUACGGAUGUCCUCUCAACCUUAGUGGUGAUGGUUAUGAUUCUUCUCCAUUUGCACCAAGCUCCAACAAUGGCAGCAGCAGCAGAAAGAAAGAAAGAAAGAAAACUUGCAAAUGCAAGAAAUUUGACCAUAAACAAAGAAAAACUAAAUUUUAUGUAUGAUAUAUAUGAAUAUCUCUCAUUACCAGGUGUUGUAGCUGUCAUGAUGCGACAAACGAAUGUCAUUUGGGUUGGAUUCCUCUGUGUAUUGAUAGCAUCAGAUACAUUAGGUGCCAGGGUGCUGAAAGGACCCAUAAACACACUGUCUGAUGUUAAGUCCGUGCUGAGGAAAUUGAAAAAGACAGCAACAAAACCAUACCGCCUGGCAGAGGUGUUGGCUGAUGUGGUUGUGGACAGCUUCUGUUACGUUUUAGUCCUGAUUGCCUUUUCAGUCUUUGUCUCCUACAAUGGCAGUAUAGUCCUGGGGGAUCGUUCUGCACAUGAGGCCACAGUACACCUCCCACAGCUUGGUUACUUCUGCCUUUUCUUCCUCAUUUUUUCUCUGCCGUAUGCUCCCAGUCAUGUGCAGCCUUUCAUGAACCUCUGCAAGCGUCAUGUCUUCCUGGCAUUGGCAUUGCUUGUGGUGGGUGUCAUGGCUGUACACUCAAACACAUUGGAGCACCCUUAUUUACUGGCAGACAAUCGUCACUAUACGUUCUACCUUUGGAAUAGGUUCUAUGGCAGGUAUUCCUUCUUCAGGUACAUCAUGGUGCCCAUAUACAUGUUUGGUGCAUACAUGGUAUACUCAUCCAUCCAAGGUUGCAGUUUUGUCUUCAAGGUACUUUUCGUUGCAUGCCUGGCUGCUAUGGUGGUACCCCAGAAGUUGCUGGAGUUCAGAUACUUCAUCAUCCCUUUCCUAAUUGCUCGCAUGCAGACUGUCUCUAAAAACUGGCUUCAACUGUGGACAGAGAUGCUGUAUUUCCUCCUCAUCAAUGCCAUCACUUUGUAUAUCUUUGUGAGCAAGACCUUCUUGUGGGAGGACAGUGCAGAGCUUCAAAGAAUUAUCUGGUGAGCAAAGGACUUCUGGUUUUGCAGACUCCAUGUCAAACUCUUUUGAAGUGGCCAAUUGUAUAGUUUUUUAUAUACAUUUAUUUUUUCCUCUUGGAACUAACAGAGUAUUUUCAGAGAACGAAAGUAAAAUGUUCUACAACUAGUAUGUGUAGUAUGUUAAUGUAUGUUUAUGUAUAUGUGUAUAUGUAUAUUUAAUGUAUAAACACCUACAUAUGUUAGUGUAUGUAUAUAAGAUAUACAUAUAGCCUUAUUUCUAGGGUCGAGAGAUAGAAGAGCCAGUGCCCAAAAAUGCCAAUUUUGAGAUAAGCCUACCACCUAAAAAAAAUUUUUUCUACAAGUGUUACAAAAACUAAUGUCAUCAAAGUAUUAGGGGCGUCACAUGAGCAUGGUUUGAAAACCCAGUUCACCGAAUAUCAUAUUUCCCAAUGUGGGACUGAAAUUGCUGUGUCUUGAAUAUACAGCAAUGGAAAGCUUCAGGUUGGUCACUUUUACUAUUCUAUAUUUUCCUUAAGUCAGUAUCCCAUUUUCAAUAUACAGGUAAUGGGUUUUGUUGUUACAGAAAGGGGGGAGGGGAAAUGUGAAUAUUACAGAAUUGUAGUUAAGGGAAAUUUAUGUAUUUAUAUUUGGUAUAAAAACUUUAGAAAUUGAAUUAGGAGGAGUGGUAUAAACACCAGCAGCAGUAAGUAUCAUAACUUAUCAAUUAAUCUGCAAUAAUUUUUUUUUUUUGCAAUAUGUGUUUUGAAACAGUAAAAAAGUAUAUAUAUUAUAUAUGCUUUUUGAUAUAAUUUUUUAAAUUUUCAUUAUGUAAAAAAAUCUUUAAAAAUAUUAGAUUAAUGUAGCACAGUUUAGUAACAGGAAGAACUCUCUUUCAUGAACUGUUAUUUGCUGAAUCUCAUUAAGGGAGCAAACUCUUAACGGCUUUUUCUCAACAUUGACUUUUUUUUUAUGUUGGCCCUUCUCGGUCCUAGAUUUUUGCUACAGUUAUUGUAUUAGCAGUAUUACCAUUCAUCUUUAUUUAGUACUGUUUGUAGAUAUAAUUCACAAUAUAGAAUGAUAAACAGUUUCAUAAUGAAUUGCUCUCCAUAAGAUAUGAGAUCUAAAUUUGGAAUGACUGAAAAAAAGAUCAAGGCUCCGUCCAUACUAAAUCCAACAAGCAGUUUGGAAUCAGGAUGGCAGUAGACAACUGAAUUUAGAAUCCACCACAUGAUAAGAACAUUGGUUGUAGAAAAUGGCAUCUUUGAUUUGAAUAUUGAAUGUAGAAAAUAGCAUCUUUACUCUGUUAGUUCUGUAUAAACAUGUCACUAGCACUUUUUUUUUCUCUCUCUUGUUUAGGAAAUAGCUUGGAUCAUGUUGAUUAAGUUUUGUACAGAUUCUGUGGAUUUUGAAAGGAGUUAUGUUUUUAUAAAAAUGUUGUGAAAUAAUAUGUAAAACUAAUAGUUGUCCAUUUUUUUACAAAUAACAAAAGUGCUGUAUUUAGUUUUAUUCCCUCCUCAGAAGAAGGGAAAAGUUCACUUAAACUUUGUAACAAAGUGCCUCCUUGUAAUGCUGUUAAUGGACACAGUGUGUGGUUUGUACACAAUGAGCCUUUUUUGCUCAGUAAAUGUUCUCCUUUUGUAGAUGGAAGUAGUUUUUGCUCAGUCACCAAAAGCUGAUGUAUUUGAUGGAAGUUGGAUGAAUUGAGUGACAGAAGGAAUAGUUCAUUCAUUCAUUCAUUAUGUUGUUUUAAAGUUCAAGUACAUGGGAUCAAUCUUUAACUGAUUUCCAUUUUAAUCCCAGUAUUUUGGAGCUGUUUUCAAUAAAACUAAACAUCUUUUGAUUUGUUAUUGUGUUGUCUGUGUGUUACACAGACAGGCAAUGUAUGUUUUUUAUGUAGGUCAUAAUUGGCAUUUUUUUCUUUUGUUCAAUGUUAUACUGUCCAUAAAAUUUAAUGAAGCCAACAGAUGAAUGCAAAGUAUAUUAGAAGAAAUAAUAAUAUUGCCUUCAUAAACAUGAAUUGAUCGUAUGAUUAUAGAUUUAAUCAGAUUAUGGGAAUGAAUUGUCAUAUUGUUAUGUUUUUACCUUGCAUAUCUUGAAUGAUUCAUACAGUAUGUUUACAAUAAACAUGAUUGAUAACAGAAGCCAGAGGUCACCUAUCACAUGUGCUCAAAACGUUCAGAAUCUGUAUGACGUUCUUGAUAUGGUGUCAUAGUGGUAACCUCAUCCUUCCUAUUGCGUGAUCCUAGAAGCAUAUGCAAUAUAAGAUUGCUUCUCGAUGAAGCCACAAUCUUGUUGGCUUUGUUAGUUAUGGGAGAUUCCAUUUACGAGGGCAGGCUUUUCUCCCUUAGGAAUAUUGGACCAGCGAGUCUGCCUUCUUUUUCAAAAAGUGUGGGGUCAUGUUUUUGUUGCCCCGUAGUCAAUUGGUUAACUGAAUCAAGUUUAUCUAGUCUACACUUAGCGAUAUUUAACUACCUGUGGUGCGUUUGAGGACUUUAUACUUAUUUAAUUAAUUAAUUAAUUUAUUUUUGCCAAUAUAAUAUAGUACACAAAGGUUAUACUUUGAGUAAUGUUUGCAUUGUGUGCAAUCACCAGUGGACAUAAAAUUACAGUUUACCAAGAUAUGUAUUUAAGACCCAAGAAAACUUUCAAGAAUUUCAGAUAUGGUAUUGUUAUCUUGUAUUAUUUACAUUGAUGGUGUUUAUGAUCCUGUAAUUAUUGCAAUCUUAUCAGAAUUAUCUGUUUCUGUGAUUAAUUCUUGUAAUAAUAGUGUUUGUGAUUAUCAUUGCUGUUAGUAUGGGAUAUAGUUAUAUUUAUGAUAAUGUAGUUACAUUAUCAUAAAAUAAAUCACUGUUCUCUGGCUCCCUAUAUAGUUUUUUUUUUUUUUUUUUUUUUAUGGAUGAAGAAAGACAGACUUCGGUGUGAAGUCAUGUCAGUCUAAUUGCAACUAUUUAUUUUGUUUAUUUGCAAGUAAUUUGAUUUGAAAAUGAUAAUACUGAUACUCACUUGUGCAGCUUAAAAAUACGGGAUCACUUUAGGAUGCACGUGUAGGGUAUGCCGUGAAGGAGUUCAGGAUACUGAACACAUGAUGCAAAUGAGUAAUACACUUUGAACAUGAUGGCUGUAAGUCCUGAGUUUCAUGAUAUACAUAAUUAAGAUAAUUAAUGCUCUAAACGCACACUAACAUUAUACGACUUCACAUUUGAUUUUCUCGUUUCCAUAUUUAUAUAUUUGUUUAUUUAUUUAUUUAUCCAUCUUUGAGAAAAUUACCCUAUUAAAUUAAAAAUGCUAUUCUAUUACUAUAUUUUAUAUAUUACCAUGCAGGUAGUAUGGCUGUUACUUAGAUUAUGUUUUUAAUGGUUAUUUGCAUGGAGAGAAAUUUUGUUUGUUAUUUUUUCCUUUGUUUUCCUCCUGUCCUCUGCUUCCUUUUCCUCUUGUUCUUCCCUUUCUUCCUCUUCCUCUUCUUUUUCUUUUCCCCCUCCUACUCCUCCUCAUCCUUUGUUUCUUCAUAUUAUUAACUAUUCCUUUCACUUUCAUCCACUUAAUAUACCUAAGAAAAUACGGAUAGAAUUGAUUUCAGACAGCAGAAGGUGAUUUAUCAGCCAUUACGAAUGUGAUUGUUGGCAAGUGAUACAGCCAGUAAUGUUCCGGUGUAAAGUAUUUUUUCCCUAUUCUGUAAUACUUUUGUAAGCAGGUUGUAUAAAAUGAAAAUACUUUUGUAAUGGUGUGCUGUAUGAUAUAUGAUUAAACCUAUUUUCAAUCC